CCCCCAGCACCCUGGGGCGCAGGGUGCGGCCCCCCUCCCCGCUCAGCUCCCUCCCCCGCGUGACCCAGCGCUCUGGAAUUGGGUGUAGAGGCCGCGGGGACGCGGGCGCGCCACCGGCACCCACCGGCACCCCGACCUGCACCCCGCUAGGUGGCAAAAUGGCGAGCGAGCGGCUGCGCAGCGCCCAGGACCUGCUGGAUCUCACCUUCCAGUCCUUGGCCAUGCAGCACAUGGACUUGAAGCAAGUAGAGCUGGACACAGCAGUGGCCAAAGUGGAUGAGCUCUCCCGGCAGCUCGAAUCCCUCUGGACCGACGGCCCUGGACCCCCCCAAAGAGACGUACAGCCCCAGCCGAACCCGCUCGCCCCUCGGCCGGAGAAGCCUGCCACCGGAGAAUCUGGAGAUGUCGGGGGACACACUGGGUCGCCCCGGUUCCCCCCGGACCCCCCAUUAUCUCCCGGGGGAGGAUCGGGCCCCUUCACCCCGACCCAAGGUGUUGGCGGUGCCCUACGAGGGGUUGGCUCUGCCCAGCCCGGGGGGUCGAGCCCCCUCCCCUCGUCCCCAUCGUUCCUACGAAUUCUUGGGGCUCGGGGGGUCCCCCAGACCGGGUGAGGGACCCGUCUUCUUCCCCGAGCGGGCACCCUCGCCCCGACCCCCCGCGCCCCCCCCUUACGAGGUGCACGGGCUGUACCCCUCCGUCAGCAGCCCCACCGUCACCUUCCGGGCGCAGGAUGACCUUGUGAUCAAGCGGCGGCCGCAGAAGAGCUGGAACGAGUCUGACCUGGACGUGGCUUAUGAGAAGAAACCCCCCAGCUCGGGGGGCUACGACCGCACCGGCGAGGGGCAGCCGGGGCUGCGGCCGUCCCUGGGGCUGUCGCUGGCACCCUGGAGGGAGUCGAGCCUGGAUGGGGCCGGCGGGCAGAGCAAGGAUGGUGCUUACGGGGGGCACAGUGCCACGCUACCCCGUAACUACAAGGUGUCCCCGCUGGCGGGCGAGCGGCGGGCGGAGGGACCCUUUCGACGCUCGGGACCCGGCACCCUGCCCCGCAGCUGGCACUUCUCCCAGCAGCCCGUCUCCCGCAUCCCCGUGCCCCCCCAGGGCGGGCGACCCCCCCGCCACAAACCUUUGCCCCUUUCCAUGAUCUUCAAGCUGCAAAACGCUUUUUGGGAGCAAGGGGUCGGCGGUCCCCGGGGGCUUUCCCUGGUCCCCCCCGCCGGUCCCCGUGCACCCCAAAAGCAGCCCCAGCUCCCGGCGCUGCCCCAGGCCCCCCCGGCGCUGACCGGUGGUGAAGGAUCUGGGCGCCCCGUGCCCCCCGAGACCGUCCCGCCGGAGGGGGAGCCAGAACUGGAGCGGCUGCUUCAGGGUGGGGAGGCCGAGGGGUUGGAGCGGCCGCUCAGCCCCACACGGCUGCAGCCCCUGCUGCCCCCCGAGGCCCAGCGGGUCCCCGAGUUCGAGGAGGUGGCACGGGUGCUGGCCGAGAUGCCGCGACCCCUCAAGCGCCGCGGUUCUAUGGAGCAAAGCCCGGGACCGGCGCUGCCACCCACCCGUACCCGCCAGUACCAGCAACUCAUCACCCGCCUCCUGCACCGCCCGCCCCGCCGCGACGAGCCCUCUGCUCCCGGUGACACCGGUGCCUCGUCCGACCUGCCACCCCCUGCUCCGGUGGCUCCCGAGGCUCGGCCACCCCGCCACAGCCCCCCACCACAGUCCCCCAGCAGCCCAGCACCCGCCCCGGAGCUGCGCUCGGCCCUGCGCGACCCCUCCUCGCCCCGCAGGCGCCCCGGGGCCCGCGUGCGCCUCAACCCCUUGGUGCUGUUGCUGGAUGCGGCCCUGACCGGGGAGCUGGACGUGGUGCAGCAGGCGGUGGCUGAGCUGAAUGACCCCAGCCAGCCCAACGACGAAGGCAUCACAGCGCUGCACAACGCCAUCUGCGGCGCCAACUACGGCAUCGUUGACUUCCUCAUCGCCAGCGGGGCCAACGUCAACUCCCCCGACAGCCACGGCUGGACGCCGCUGCACUGCGCAGCCUCGUGCAACGACACGGGGGUGUGCGUGGCCCUGGUGCGCCACGGAGCUGCCAUCUUUGCCACCACCACCAGUGACGGCAGCCUGGCCGUGGAGAAGUGCGACCCGUACCGGGAGGGCUACACCGACUGCUACAACUACCUUACUGAGGUGGAGCAGAGCAUGGGGGUGCUGAACAGCGGGGUGGUGUACGCACUGUGGGACUAUAGCGCCGAAUUCGGGGACGAGCUGUCCUUCCGCGAGGGCGAGCCCGUCACCGUCCUGCGCCGCCAGCCCCAGGAGGAGCUCGACUGGUGGUGGGGGUCCCUCUAUGGCCACGAGGGCUACGUCCCCCGGAACUAUUUUGGGCUCUUCCCCAGGGUGCGGCCGCAGCGGAAGAAGGUCUGAGGGGGGGGCCUGAGGACACGAGGUGGCCCUGAGCCGGCCCCGGCCCCCCCAGCCGCUCGGAUGCAUGGGUCCCCCUUGCCAGCGGGCACCUCUUUGGCUGCCACCCAUCCCGUCCCCCCCUGUCCGAGCAAGGCACCGGGGUGCUGCCUUCCCCGCCCCCUGGUGUCACAUAUUCCCCCCGGCUGGUGACAGCGGGUGUCACCCCACGGUGUUGGCUUUUCUGGGGAGUAAAGAGCCUUUGGCU